AAAAUUUAUCCAAAACAGAAAAUGGAAUAAUCAACAAAAAGAUAAAAGAUACUCUCUCGAGUUCUCUCUACCUUAUCCGUUCUUCACCACUUCUCCCACUAACCCGCAAAAUCAUCAUCAAUCCUUCUUCUCCUUCUUUCUCUCAAUCACAGAUCCUUUUAGGGUUUCUACUUUUUUUUUAUCGAUUGCUCAAUCUGAUCAAUAAUAUGGAUAGUUGUAUCUCCAAUCAAGCGGCGCUACCGUUUCUCCCUUCGCGUUCCAGGAGACAGAGCGGCGAUGGAGGCGGUGGUUUUCUUUUUCCGGCGAAGCGGAAGAUUAGGUAUAGUUCGAUGGUUGUGGUCGCGGCGGCGGGACCUAGUCGGUGUGAGCCUGGGAGCAGUCUUAACGCGCCGCUUGAGCCACGAUCGGCGCAGGGGAGGUUUCUGAGAAGCGUUUUGCUUAACAAGCGGCAGCUGUUUCAUUACGCUGCUGCUGAUGAGCUUAAGCAACUUGCUGAUGGUAGGGAAGCUGCUUUAGCUCGUAUGUCUCUAAGCUCUGGCUCCGAUGAGGCUUCUCUCCACAGAAGGAUAGCUCAACUUAAGGAACGUUACUGCAAAACUGCAGUCCAAGACAUAAUGUACAUGUUGAUCUUCUACAAAUACUCAGAGAUAAGAGUCCCUCUUGUUCCAAAGCUCUCCAGAUGCAUCUACAACGGAAGACUCGAGAUCUGGCCUCCAAAAGACUGGGAGUUAGAGUCGAUUUACAGCUGCGAUGCUCUUGAGAUAAUUAAAGAACAUGUAAGCGCAGUCAUUGGACUGCGGGUCAAUUCAUGCGUGAGUGACAAUUGGGCUACAACACAGAUACAGAAACUGCAUCUCAGGAAGGUUUACACUGCCUCGAUCUUGUACGGUUACUUCUUGAAAUCUGCUUCUCUCAGGCACCAGCUCGAGUGUUCCUUAUCGGAUGUCCAUGGAAGCGGAUAUCUGAGAAGUCCCAUCUUUGGAUGCUCUUUCACAACGGGCACUGCACAGAUCUCCAACAAGCAGCAGCUGAGACAUUACAUCUCAGAGUUUGAUCCAGAGACAUUGCAGAGAUGUGCAAAACCAAGGACAGAGGAAGCAAGGACUCUGAUAGAGAAGCAAAGUUUGGCUCUUUUUGGAACCGAAGAGAGCGAUGAGACCAUAGUGACAUCAUUUUCAAGUUUGAAGCGUUUGGUACUUGAGGCAGUGGCGUUUGGGACGUUUCUGUGGGACACGGAACAGUAUGUAGAUGGUGCAUAUAAGCUCAAAGAGAAUGGGAAUGCAGAAGAACAAGAAGGAAAGAGAAGCAUAUAACCAGUUUGGUUAGAAGGAAACCUUCGUGAUCGUCUGGUGUGGUGUGUAUAUAGAGAAACAUUUCUGCUGAAUCUCUCUCAAGCAAUUUCUUCAGUGUAUAGCUUUUGCUUAGUUAUAAAUAUUCUGACGGCCGAAUAAGAAGAAUGUGGUGUUGUUUAUAAGGGAUGAAUAGAGAAAGUGGUGUUCAGUUUUCAUGUUAUGGGUUUAGUUUCCUUGUUCGUUAUGAUC